AUGCGUCCUCUCUCACUAGCAAGCGGCCCUAGCAGCGAUGGAGCCAUAUCUCCUGAUGCUCUUGAAGCCAUCGCUAUCGUUGGCCUAGCCACUCGCUUUCCGCAGCAAGCAACAACCACCGAGAGUCUAUGGGAGCUUCUCCUACAGGCCCGCUCGACGUGGUCAUCGAUACCCAAAGAACGCUUCAACUCGGACGCCUUCUAUCAUCCGGACCCCGAGCAUGGUGGAACAUUUCAUGUUCAAGGAGGACACUACCUCUCAGAAGACCCUGCCUACUUCGAUGGGUCCUUCUUCAAUAUCACCAAGAAUGAGCUCUUGACAUUGGAUCCCCAACAGCGGUUGGUACUGGAAAAUGUUUAUCACGCCUUGGAAAAUGCAGGCAUUCCAUUGACCAGUGCUGUUGGCUCCAACACAUCGGCCUUUGUCAGUGGUUUCAACCAUGACUACCUGGGUAUCCUCAAUUCAGACCCAGAAACCACUUUAAAAUACAAGCCCACAGGUGCCACCAAUGCUAUUCUGUCCAACCGUGUGAGCUGGUUCUUUGACUUUAAAGGACCUAGCAUGACUAUUGACACGGCUUGUUCCAGCAGCUUGGUGGCGCUGCAUCUUGCUGUUCAGAGCUUACGUGCCAGAGAGACAAACAUGGCUGUCGUCAGUGGUGUGAGUAUUCUUGAGAACCCCGUGGAAACCAUCGGCAUGAGCCACCAUGGUUUAUUGGGACCUCAGGGACGAUCGUUCAGCUUCGACUCCCGUGCCGAAGGCUAUGCACGAGGCGAAGGCGUGGGCACAGUUGUGGUGAAGCCUUUGAGUGCCGCUAUAAGAGACGGAGAUACCAUUCGUGCGGUUAUUCGGGAGACCGGAGUCAACCAGGAUGGCCGCACGGCAGGAAUCACUGUUCCCAGUGCAGAUGCCCAAGAAAGAUUGAUCCGUGAGGUCUACUGGAGAGCCGGCUUAGAUCUCGAACACACAAGAUUUGUUGAAGCCCAUGGCACGGGAACAAGCACCGGUGACCCAAUCGAAGCGGGUGCUCUUGCGAAAGCAUUCAAAUGUCAGCGAGAGACUCCGCUUUACGUCGGGGCGAUCAAGACUUCCAUUGGGCAUCUGGAAGGUGGCUCAGGUGUGGCAAGCAUUAUCAAAUCUAUCCUGAACCCUUGA